ACUUCACUAAAAUCUCAUCCCUUCAUACACACGCUAACUACAAACUCACAAAAGAGUAUAGUUUCAUAUAUAUACUAGAGAAUUAGCUGAGGAAGCAACAAUGAGUUCUCCUGCAAGCUGGAACUUUGAGAUCGAGUCCCCGGUCGCGGUGCCGCGCCUGUUCCGUGCCGCGCUCCUCGACUGGCACAACCUCGCCCCGAAGUUCGCCCCGGAGAUCGUCGUGAGCGCCACCGUGAUCGAAGGCAACGGCGGCGGCGGAAGCGUGAGGCAGUUCAACUUCUCCUCAGCAAUGCCCUUCACCUACACGAAGGAGCGCUUGGACUACGUAGACCACGACAAGUACGAGUCCAAGCAAACUCUGAUUGAAGGCGGCGGCAUCGGCGUCAAGCUCGAGUCCGCAUCGUCCCACAUCAAGUUCGAGCCAGCGAGCAACGGCGGCUGCGUCUGCAAGGUCGUCGCGACCUACAAGCUCCUCCCAGGCGCUGCCGUCGACGAUGAGAUCGCCAAGGCCAAGGACUCCAUCACCAAGAUCAUCAAAACUGCUGAGUCCUAUCUCCUCGCCAACCCGGAUGCUUAUGUGUAAUGUGUCUAAGAUUUCCUGCAGCUGCUGCAACUAGUACUACUAUUUGAGGUGUGUGGACAUUGUUACAGUAAAAUAAGUUGGAAUUAAUAAAUGUGUUAAGGAGAUUGUGUGUGUGUGUGUGUGUGUGUGUGUGUGUGAGAGAGAGAGAGAGAGAGAGAGAGAGAGAGAGAGAGAGAGAGAGAGGAGUACGUAUGAGUGUUUUGGGGCUUGUUUUGUGCCCUACCGGGAAAAGCUUUGUAUUGGUUCUUUGUGUGAUGAGUAUUAAUGAAGUUAUUUAAAAUAUAGGGGCAAUUGCUUA